AUGGCAGCGGGCGAAGACCAAGAAGGUCAAACUCCAACUCCCACUCCUCGGAGUCAGGUCCAUGACCCGAUCUACAGCCGACCAACAGCACCGGCAUCAAGACCCAAGAGAUCAAGUCCAGGAAUAGGCCAAAUCAUCCCAGGCCACGACCCAGUCUGUUCUCCCUCUCAAUUUCAAUCCACUGCAUCCAGCCGCCUCAGUCAAAUCAGCUCCCAAAUCUCCCCUCCUCAAGGGGAACCCGAAGCCAACAACAAACGCACCCGCAAGGCUAGGAGCAAAUCUCGAUCCAAAUCUCAAUCCUCUGAUCCAUCCUCCGAAUUACCGGCAGACUACGCCGACAUAAUGUCUCACCUUUCACGACUCCGCAGCAUCGCCUCAACUCCCGACCCCAGUAAUAGAGGAUACAUCCGCCAAAAGACCUCCGGCAAAUUGUGGGCGCGCGAGCGUAUCUCUUUACUUCUCGACCCAAACUCGUGGCGCGAAUUCGGCUCCGUCACAGGCACUGUGGAAUGGGAAAAGGACGCCGACUACCCACAGCGCGAACAUGUGAAAUCCUUUAUUCCCUCCAACAACCCUCAGGGCCUAGGACGCAUCACGUGUCCACGCACCGGAAUGCACCGCCAAAUCUACCUGACCGCCGACGACUUCAGCAUUCGUUCCGGCCACGCAGACGGGGCCGUCAUGUUGAAGACGAUCCACUGCGAGAAACUGGCACUCCGCCUCAAGAUUCCGGUCGUCAAGCUCGUCGACGGCUCAAGUGGGGGCGGAUCCGUCUCGACGAUCCUGACGAACGGGUUCAGUUACGUGCCGCACGUCACGGUCUUGUCAACCGUCAUUAAGCAGUUGAACAUGGGGAUCCCCAAUUUAGGGGCGGUGGUAGGGCCGGCCAUCGGCCUCGGUGCUGCGAGGGUCGUCAGCACACAUUUCAGCGUGAUGGCAGGGGAUAUAGGCAGUUUAUUCAAUGCGGGGCCGAAGGUCGUCGAAGGCGCGACGUUCGAAGAAGGGCUCAGUCUUUCAGACCUCGGCGGACCAGCUGUUCACUGUACGAAUGGGACCAUCGACAAUCUCGCGGCGAACGAAGACGAAUGCUUUACCCAGAUCCGUACAGUGCUCGGCUAUCUGCCGGAUUGCGGCAUGUUCCAGGCCCCGCCAUGCGUCGAGUGCACAGACGACGUGAAUCGCGAAGAUAUCGCGUUGCGCUCGAUUAUUCCACGGCGGAAGGCCAGGAUGUAUAAUCCAUACACGAUCAUUGAGAGCGUGGUGGAUCGCGGGACGUGGUUUGAAAUUGGACGGCUUUGGGGAAGGACGGGGAUCACGGGGCUCGCCCGGAUGGGGGGCCGUCCUGUCGGGAUACUCAGUUUGAACUGCGAGGUUAAUUCGGGGGCGCUGGACGCGUUGGGCAGCCAGAAGUUGAUGAAGAUGAUCAAGUUUUGCGAUGUGUUUAAUCUGCCUAUUGUGCAGUUUGUGGAUGUUCCUGGCUACGCCAUCGGCACCGUCGCGGAACGAACCGCCACGAUGAAAUGGGGUGUUGAACUGGCAAAGGCGUACUAUUCCACGACCACACCGAUCUUUUCCGUCAUCACACGUCGCGUCUACGGCGUGGCGGGCGGCGUGAUGCUCGACUCUCGCGAGCCCUGGAUGCGUAUUGCCUGGCCAAGCGGAAACUGGGGAAGUCUCCCACUCGAUGGAGGGAUUGAAGUCGGUCAUCGCCAUGAAUUGAAACAAAUCGGCGAAAAGGAAGGACCUGAUGCCGCCAAGAAGCGGUAUAAGGAGCUCGAGGAUGAGUAUGUGCGCUUGAUGAAUCCGGUAAGGACGGCUCAACCGUUCAACAUCGAAGAAAUUGUCGAUCCAAAAGAUACUCGACGCAUCGUCUGCCGGUGGACCAAGGAGAUGUAUGGGUUGGUCAUGCAGGAGAGGUUGGCGGAUAGGGCGUCGGGAAAGAUACAUGCCGUCUUUACGUGA